AUGUCAGAUUCAUCUUCCGAUGUGGAUAGAACUAAUCUACCAUCACCAACUCCGUUUAUAAUCCCUGAAAGGGGCCAAUACCAUGUUCAAGAGCUGGUUAUGUAUGGAUCUGUGAAGAAAGAAUGGGCCGCCUAUCUUUUUCAGUAUCUUGAUAAUCAUUGUGUUACAAAAGUGACAUACACAGAACAUGAAACGACAUAUACUAACAGUGAGUCUUAUUUUUUGGGUAAACCUUUUGAUUUUUGACCUUGUUAUAGGUUUUAUUACCUAUUCAUUCGGGACUUUUGUCCAAGUCUUUGGUUUCCUCACAAACCUUGAUGUUUUAAAGCUUAUAUACGUUAAUAAUAUUGAAGAAUGAUUUUAGAAUACCCUAUUUACGGUUGCACACGUGAACGAAUACCUAACAUUGACUUGAAGUUGCGUGAAAGAAGCGAUUCGAAAACCAAGGGACACUAUCACCUAAAGUAUUAUGGACAUAUUGAGCCGGAAGAAAGUGUUGUUUAUCGAAAAUGCAUCAACACAUUUAUAUCAUCACGUAAUAUUGAUGAAUUCCUCACAUGUUUGGGCUUACAAAAGGAAUACGAAUAUCCGGUCCAUGGAAAAGUGUAUACCUACAACAAUAUUAAAGUAGGUUCUUUUUUGAUUAUUUGGCAUUGAUUGUUGAUGAAGAUAGUUUAUUCUGGUUUUUACUAGUCGGUAUAGUUUGAUUUUGAGCAAAAUUGACUUUUUAGACAUUUUUUAAAAGUUUUGUUGAAGCGGGUGUUAAAAGCUAGUAGUAUAUCAAUUAUUUCUUGUCAUAACUUUUGUCAUAUUAUAGCUAUGGGUUAGAAAUUUGGGAGGAUUGUAGCUUAUUCUUUUCACUACCUAUAUAUUCAAUGGCUUUUUAAAAUUGAGUUUAUUUUGGAAGUUACAGUAAAUCUACCAUACCACUAACUUCUUCAAUAAAAUCAUUUUAUAUUUUGUCUUUUUUGAACAGUUACUGCCAUUUUUGAUAUUCGGGAAGACAGUAUAAUAAUGUAAAAAGCACAGGCAAGCUUUAAAGCAUAUAAUAAUGUUUAAGUUAUAAUAUUAACAUGAAUUUUAAUUUUUCCAUUUUAGAUACGCACGUCUGAACUUUUACUAACCCCAGAAGAUGGAGGUCUUUGGGUCGUGAGUGACAAGAGCUUGCUGGUCGAAAUAAGCAUAAACUUGCCGGAAAAUGUUGACUACAGACCUUCGGCGAAACUUUUGGUUGAUUUUGGCAAAACAUUAGAUCCGUAG